AUGACUUUGGGCGACUUGACAAUUAUCUGGCUGAAGAAGACUGGAAAGCCGCAAGGUAUACGAUGUGAGGGAUCUUCACUUGAAUUGGAGGCUGACAUACCGUACGGAUACGACUACUUUGUUGACACACAAACAUUCACGCUACGAAUGGCUUUUCCUUCUCACAAACAUGAGUUUGUCCAUACGCAAUUGAUCCUUGUCCUCCCACAAAGACUUCAACAGCUAUGGUCUCUGCAUCAAGCUCCAAGUCCGUUCUCAAUAUGGUCAUCGGCAGCGAUUAAAGAUGGGCGAGGAAGCAUAUUUAUCCCUGACAAUCAGAUUAUUUGCGAAGACAUAAAACUGCCAAUCCUAGUACUAGAGGUCGGCGAUUCACAGUCAAUCAAGAGUUUGAACAAGAAAGCAUUUCGGUAUAUCCAGGCUGGAAGUGGGAACAUUCGUUAUGUCGUGACUUUGAAGCUCCAUCGAGACUCGCAGGCCGUGGAUCUGACGCUUUCGAUACCUAUGUUCACUUCCAACGGCCCGUUGACGGUAUUAGAAGUCGAGAGUACUUCUCAGACGAUUCGAAAUAUUAAAGGAGAGCACGGUAAUGGUGCUGGUCUCGUCAUGUCAGUGGAUCACAUGACCCUUGCUGAAUUGCUGCCCAAAUCCAUCCGUGAUCGGACUAUUGUCAUUUCGGGGGAACUUUGGGGGAUUAUUCGAUCCGCCGAGAAGAUGGAGGAAGCCACAAACCCGGGUUACUUCAGCGACAUUCCUCUAAGCUUCGUCCGUAGUCCCUCCCCUGCCAGCACAUCACCAAUCAAGUCGGAUCAAGAGGAAUAG